AUAAACAAAAUAAAAAUAAAAAUUAGUAAAAAGACCCUCAAAUUCUCCGCCCAUUUUCUUUUCCUUGUAUAAAUUUCACUCUUCCUCCUAAUUAACUCAUUUGCAGUUCCAUUUCUUUUAGUUUUCAUUUCUUUUCGCGGGUGCAAAUCCAAUGGCUGCUAUCUUCCAAGGAGCUGGAGCCGCUGCAGCUUUAUCAUCAUCACCGUCCAACUCAAUCGAUUCCAAGAAAUUCCUUUUCUCCCCUCGUAGACCCUACUCCGGGAUGAAAGGAGCCAGCUUUGUAGUGGUCAGAUCUGAUGGAAGAGCGAGCUUGGAUUUGAACCCUAAAGGUCGAAGGGCUCAACAAUUGAUUGCCAAUGCAGUUGCUACCAAAGCUGGUAGCUCUGCAGCUUCAUCAUCUUCGAAACCAGGGCAUGAGCUUUUACUUUUUGAAGCUCUACAAGAGGGCUUGGAAGAAGAAAUGGAGAGGGAUCCCUGUGUAUGUGUCAUGGGUGAAGAUGUGGGUCACUAUGGAGGCUCAUACAAAGUGACCAAAGGACUGGCUACUAAGUUUGGGGACCUCAGGGUUCUUGACACCCCUAUUGCUGAGAACUCCUUCACUGGCAUGGGAAUUGGAGCUGCUAUGACUGGUUUGAGACCGGUUGUUGAGGGUAUGAAUAUGGGUUUUCUCCUCCUUGCUUUUAAUCAGAUCUCCAACAACUGUGGUAUGCUUCAUUAUACAUCCGGUGGCCAGUUUACCAUACCGAUAGUCAUUCGUGGACCUGGUGGUGUCGGACGUCAACUGGGGGCUGAGCACUCUCAACGUCUUGAGUCAUAUUUUCAGUCAAUCCCUGGAAUCCAAAUGGUUGCAUGCUCAACCCCUUACAAUGCCAAGGGCUUAAUGAAGGCUGCAAUCAGAAGCGAGAACCCUGUUAUACUUUUUGAGCAUGUUUUGCUGUACAACCUCAAGGAGAGAAUCCCAGAUGAGGAAUAUAUCUGCAAUCUUGAGGAAGCUGAAAUGGUAAGGCCUGGAGAACAUGUCACUAUUCUAACCUAUUCAAGGAUGAGGUAUCAUGUGAUGCAGGCAGCAAAAACUUUGGUGAACAAGGGUUAUGAUCCUGAAGUAAUUGAUAUUAGGUCUUUGAAACCAUUUGAUCUUUACACUAUUGGGAACUCAGUUAAGAAGACACAUCGUGUUCUUAUUGUGGAGGAGUGCAUGCGGACUGGUGGUAUUGGUGCUAGCUUGACUGCUGCCAUCACUGAGAAUUUCCAUGAUUAUUUGGAUGCUCCAGUUAUGUGCUUAUCUUCACAGGAUGUGCCUACACCAUACGCUGGAACAUUGGAGGAAUGGACUGUUGUUCAGCCUGCCCAGAUUGUGACAGCCGUUGAGCAGCUGUGCCAGUAGUAGCACAGAUAGUGAUGGCGUAGUUGAAGUUCUGUUAGUUUUGUUUCGUUUACUUUGAAUCCGGUUUGUUUUUGAUAUCUAAUUUCUGUUUGUUAGCAAUUUUGUGUCAGUUAAAACUUGCUAAUGUUCAUUGAGUUGAGGCGUGUUGUUUGAUCUGGUUCUUUCUUGAUUGAAAUGGCAAGAUCUUAAGCAAUAGUUACAGCUAGAAUACUGGAAAGUAACUCUGUACGUCCAGUUACUCUGUCACAUUACUAAACACUUGCAAGAUAAAGAUGUCUAAUUCAUUUCGUCUAAUAUUUUUUUCCAAUGAAUGUUAUUGUUGUUUGGCAAAAUAAUCUCAUUUCUUUUUAUCUUUUUUAUUGUCUUUAGAUUUUCAGUGGUCUUCAGUUUUCAUCGCUUUUAUUUACGUCCAAAUUUAAUCACCUCGUAGCUGCUGUCUAUUUUCUGCUUUUGCCCCAAGCUUACAGAGAACUUGGCUCAGCUGGAAGUGGAGGAUUUAGCACACGGUAAUAAAUAUACUACCAAUUUGCAUUCUGGCUUGGUACCAUUGUUGCACACAAAGGUACUUUUUGAUUCGCAAUGGACGAAAACUAAAUUCAGUGAAACCUAAUCCGUUUGACAAUUAUCAUUUCUUCUUGAUCUUAUAUAUUACAUCAGGGUUAGUAAGUGGGUCAGUACUCAGUUGUUAUGUUUGGCCCCGGGGAGGGAAUCAUGGAGACUGUAGAUUGAGAUGAAUCUUCAUGUGGAUCGUUGGAAUUUGACAUAUCAGAUAUUUUAUAGUAGCUUCUAUUGGCCCUU